AUGCAGGGCUUCAACAUGGGACGCUAUGUCCCUCCCGACGUCGAGGGCACGACGUCGGGCAAUAAGCUGCACGGGAAACACGCCCUCGGCGCGCGCGCUUCCAAGCUCGCUUCCUCUGGAAUACUUACGGUGCGUUUCGAGAUGCCUUAUCCUAUAUGGUGUUCCACGUGCCCCAAGCCCACUAUCAUCGGCCAAGGCGUGCGCUUCAACGCCGAGAAGAAGAGGGUCGGCAGCUAUUACUCCACGCCAAUAUGGCAGUUCCGCAUGCGGCAUGCAGACUGCGGCGGUGCCAUCGAGAUCAAGACAGAUCCGAAGAACACGGCGUACGUCGUCGUCUCAGGCGCCAAGAAGCGGGAUACUGGGGAGGACGAUACCGCUGACGGGGCGGUGCCAAGGGAGGGAGAAAUGGUCAUCAUGACGGAGGAAGAGAGGCAGAAGCUGAGGAGCAGCGCCUUUGCGAGCCUGGAGAAGACCAUCGAGGAUCGUCAGCAGCUUGCGCAGGCGACUGAGCGGAUAGAUGCGCUUGAAGACGUCUCUAAGCGGCAGUGGGACGACCCGUACUCGCGCAACAAGGCGCUGAGACGGACCUUCCGCACCGGGAGGAAGGAGCGGGAGAAGGAGGCAGAGGUGAGCGAGGCGCUGAAAGACAAGAUGAGCUUAGGAAUCGAUCUUGUGCUCGCGACGGAAGAAGAUGCGAUGAGGGCCUCACUUGUAGACUUCGGGCCCGACAAUGACGAUGAUGCUCGAACAGACAAAGUCCUGGCAAAGCCGCUAUUCUCCUCCUCCGCCGCCUCUAAGGGCUCUGUCGCGAAAGCACCAAAGGGGACACCAAAGGCCGAAUUGCUUGCGUCCAAGAGAAAGGAUAACAUCGUCUCGGAAAUUGUCAGCAACACGCGAAUAUCUCGAGACCCAUUUCUGCUGGAAGCGCGUAUGGAGCGGAAUCCAGCGAGGUUACCAGGCGUUAAACGGAAACGGGAUGUUAAGGAGGAGGAGGAGGAGCCAAAGCAGAGUGAUAGACCGGCGUUGCCCUCCGCCAAGGCCCUUGUGGGCUAUGAUUCAGACUCAGAUUAA